UAUUUUACGGAUAAAAAACGGCGCGAUUGAGCGGUUCCGUUCCUGACGAUCGUCUUUGCGCGUGCCGUGUUGGACAAUCGCAGGGCGAAGACGUUGGGGCGUAGCGCGAUAAUCCUGCAUCGCAAUUCGGCAACUGCAAUGCAGGUUCACUGGCCAGGUGUCGCUCUAUAGGGGGUAAGGGGAUUCACGUGUGUUGAUGCAGGGGCAAAUCGUUAGGCGUUGAUAUGCUCGUCGUGGUUAUACGAUGCAACAAGGGGGUACAUGCAACGGGCGUUGUUUUAAUGAGUCUUAGUUUUGACGAGAGAGGUCGUGCAAUUGUUUAAAAUGUGCAACGGGAAAAUGUGUGUUGCGGUGGCACGCCAAGGAAUCGCAGAAGCAGCCACAGCUGAAGCAGCAACAGCAGCAGCAGGAGGAGAAGCAGCAGCAGCAGCAAGGAGGAGGAUGCUGGUGGUGAGAACGUGGAGCCCGGCUCCUCGCUGCAAGGUGGUGCUGGUCGGAGACAGCCGCUGCGGAAAGACGGCGCUCAUCUCGGUGUUCGCCAAGGAGCGAUUCCCCGAGAAUUAUGUACCCACUGUGUUUGAGAACUACACGGCAACUUUUGAGAUUGAGCGGCAGACGAUUGAGUUGAACAUGUGGGACACUUCAGGGUCCCCGUAUUACGACAACGUCCGGCCACUCUCCUAUCCCGACUCGGACGCUGUGCUCAUUUGCUUUGACAUCAGCCGGCCCGAGACUCUUGAUAGCGUGCUCAAAAAGUGGCAACGUGAGAUACACGAGUUCUGCCCCAGCACCGAGGUGCUGCUCAUCGGCUGCAAGGCCGAUCUGCGCGCGGAGGCCGACGCUCUGCGGGACCCGGACGAGCCUCUCGCCGGCCCCGUGUCGUACGACCAGGGCUUCAACGCGUCCAAGCAGAUGGGAGCCGCCGGCUACAUGGAGUGCUCGGCCAAGACGUCGGAGAACGGAGUCCGCGACCUGUUCCGAAUGGCGACGCUCGCCUCCGUGGGCCGGGGGCCGGGUGCCUCGGGAAAAGGCAAGGGCAAGAAGGGCAAGGCCGCGCGGGGCAGCGGCCACCGGAGAGGCACGUCCGCGGGCGGAGGAGCACCGGCGGUAGUGCCGCCGGCGUCCAGCGUGGCCGCAGCGCUGAGGCGGAGGUUGUCCCAGCUGCCCCAGAGCUCCUCUGGCUCGGACAUCGGCCCUCACCCGCAACUCCUGCGCAGCGUCAAAGCCAAGAGCUGCACCAUAAUGUGACCGUGCUGAUCGUGGGCGAGUGUGGCCGUGUGUGUGUGUGUAGGCGUUUGUAUUUGUCCGUGUGUUUGUGUGUUUGUUUGCUGGCCUUCAUAGGUGCUCACUAACAGCACUUGUCCCAACAGCCUGUUAAGGCCUAUACUGGGGGAUCUUUGUCUUUGUGUGAGGGAGUGGUAGUAUCGUGGUUAUUGCACUGCACUAUGAACCCGGCAUCCCGAGUUCAAUUCCCGCUCUAGGGCAAUAACAGUUGCGAAUAUUCGAACCGGUCCUGGGACCCCCCCCCCUAGGUCGACUCAGCCUGAAAUGAGUAACUGGUGUGAUGCGUGAAACAUCAACAUUUGGGAGACAAAGUCAGCCAAGGGUUGUGUUGGCCACUCACCCCCUCGUGUGCCCGUGUCAGCCUUCAUUGGUGCCCGCUAGCAGCUCUUGCCCCAACAGUCUGCUAAAGGCUAUAUGGGGCAUCUUUGUAUGCAUGUGGGGAGCGGGGGCACAGCGGUCAGCAGGCAGCUGAAAUCCCGAGCUGAUUCACUGAUAUCAGCAGUGCUGGCUCAGUGCUCUCUGACCCCUGAGCCACCUGGUCACCUCCUUACAGGUCGUUUUUAAGCCUAGGAUAUGAGAUUAUGACACCAGCACAUGAUGGCCAACUAUUACAAAGAUAUCGCAGGCUCUGAGCGGCAUGAUUUCAUCGUUGUGAGAGCCAAGACGGGUGGAGCAGUGGCAAAGUGGUUAACGCCCCAUUCAAUGAAUCUAGCGAGCUGGGUUUGAUUCCUGGCCACAGCUAACAUCAGUGGCGAGUGAUAUCUGAACCAGUGCUGGGCCUCCACUAGGUCGACCCAACCCCUAAAUGAGUAACCGGUGUGUUGUGUAAACAUCAGCACUGUGGAGACAGAGGCGGCUAGGCGUGGUACUGGCCACACCAUCCCCUCGUGUGCUGUGCCAGCCAUAAUAGGUGUUCGCGGACAGCACUUGUAGGCUAUUCGGUGGAUAUUCAUCUUUUUUUAAAUUUGUGUAUUUUCAUUUGUGUAUGUUUAUAUGCUGGCUGUGGUGUUACCCACACCACGCAUUUGUGUGCCAUGCUGGCCUUAGUUGCCGGUAUCAGUAGGUGCCUGAUAACAAAACUUGCCCUUGUAAGGAAAAUAUUUGUGUAUGUCUAUGCUCCGGUGGCAUUAGUGUUAACUAAACCACCACUUUAAAAUUCAAGAGAUCUGGGUUCACAUUCCUGCCAAUGCCCGUCGGUGGCAAUUGUUUCACCAUCAGAACUUGGUUGAGCUGAGGAUUCAGAAUAUAUCCUUGGCCGUGGCGGUAUUCUGAAGGUCGAUGGUGUGGAAGCUAAGGGUGGUGGUGCUGGUAACACCACCUUUCUGUGUGUCCUGCCAGACUUAACAGGUGCUCGCUUAGCAAUGUUUGCACCAGCAGUCUUUUCACGCUAAAAGAGGGAUCUUUGUAUUUUUUUGUGCGUGCGUGCUUACGUGUUUGUGUGGUUGUUUCCCCAAUAGUUGUCAUGAUAAAAAUGUGAUUUGAUAGGAAGAGUGGCUGUUUAAUGUUAAGUUGUAUCGCUUUUCAAGGUUACUGUCCAGGAACGGGAAUUCAGAAAAAUAAAUUCCUUUCCUCGCAGGCUAUGUCCACGUACCAAAUACAAGUUUAAUUUGAGUGACAUUGCCAGUGGGGUUGGGCCAGUAACAAUAAAAUAUUUGAACCAAGCAGUAAUAUUUUCUCAUUUUAUCAUGUGCAUAAUCCAUUUCAUCAGGCCAGUUUCAAAUUAUAACGUGUUCACCAGUUAGCGUUUGUAGUCAGAUGUAGACAAUGAGCUGUUGUUACUUUAUUUGAUCAAAUAAUGAAAAUAUUGGGAUGGUCGGGUAAAGGAGUGUAAGGUACAAUCUUUUCAUUUUGCUAUUAAGCCAAAAUGUGCAAGUACAACGAUUACAUUUUAGACUCGCCACUCAUCUGUUUUUGCAAGGCAGUUAUUUAAAGAAAACGAUUUGUGUUUUGUUUCUUUCAAAUUUAACAUUUGGAUGAUAACAUUGGCGCACAGCGGGCCUAUCCUUUCCAUGUUCUAAUUAUAACAUUUAGCAUGCUUUAGGCUUCAAGAAAGCCCUGUGGAGAUACCGGUUAACAUGGUAAAAUUACCACUGACUCGAGUUGCAAAUUGGUUUUAUUGUGAACCCACCACUCCGCUCAGGUCAAGAAAUAUUGAAAGUGUCUCCCCUGCUCAAGUGAACAAUGGAGCCGCGUUAAUUUCCCUCGGUAGCCUUAAACCAGUCGCGGAAAUCCCACAUUCGGAAUCUGAAUCUUGCAUAUUUCUUUAUUUUAUCCGAUGAGUUGUGAAGCUCUUUCGCACAGAUGUCCAGUCGGAAGUUACAACAAUAAAAAAAUACAAAAAACAAUAAGAGUGCAAAAAUAGAGAAAAGGAACGCAAGUCACGAAAACAAAUUAAGAUAAAUAAAGUAUAUAAGUGCUCAUUGCAUGAGUACGUACAUUCCUGCCGAUUUUCCAAUACUGAAUGCAAGCUCGGGCAAGGCAACAAAACCAAAACAGUCCCAGACCACACUGAGACAAUGAAAUUGCACAUUCCAAUGGUGAGGGCCAGUAUAUCCACCACCCAUAGAAUGAGCACUGUCGACCUUCAACAGAGUAGCACUAUGUUUAUUGACCUCAUGGGGGUGAUAGGCUGAAUCAACCACGCGGACAAAGUCUGGAACUCGUAACCAUCGCCCAUGGCAGAGUGGCCGUCAAAGGAGGGGAGGCGGGACGCGCCUGGGAAGGCGUCCACCGUGGCGAUGCAGCGGAAAGAAUCGGCGCACGCGUGCGGGAGUUUGAUGGAUUGUUGCAUCGCAGGAUCUUGUGGAGGAUAGCAACGGCUUGGAGAGGCCUUCGUCCUGCCGCAGAUAGACGGCGGAGGAUAGCGAACCUUGAGAAUGUGCGUCGAGCACUCCGCCACAAGCACGGCCCGGUGGGAUGACCACCAGGCUCGGCAUUGUUAGCCGUGAUCUAACCACCGCUGGCUACGCGACCACAAGUAACUCCGUGUUUUUAAAAUAAUAAAGCACUCUUGCAGAGUUUUAUCGGAUAGACUGUGACGGAAACUGAUGUGCCAAUUUAAUUCAAAUUGGCUCUUUGCACUAUAACUGAAUUAGGAGCUAAAUGUGCUGAAAAUGUCGCUGUGUCUGUGACUUGGUGCAUAUGGCAAUGCACAGACAGAUAGUAAAUAGGCUAUUUUAUGUUACUUUUAAUGCACGUGUCCAUGAGUAAUGGGUUUUUUUUUCAUUAAACGUUGUGGCUCCGUGAUUAGAUAUGGACUGUGAUUAAUCCCACCGUUGCAGUGCUCAAUUUCCUCAAGCUACUCCGUCAAUUCUCUUUGUAUUUCACACGAUUCGUUAAAUCAUGAAGAAAAAUUAAAAUAAACCCAUGUCUGUGUGCUGA